AUGUUUGUAGAGACCAACUCAUCAAAGGUUCAGUCCGAACGCCCGAAGAGCAUGGUUGGCAAGGGGCAAGCAGAUCAAUGGUUGCAGUUGAGAGAUAAGGCGAGCGACCAACUGUAUUACUAUCAAGCAUCCACUGGAAGCUCUACCUGGUCUAGACCUUCGAAUGAGCACCUCAUUAUUCCUCUAGAUACAAUGCAGGAGGCUAUCGGGGCCGUAGACAAGGUGCCCAAUGAGAGACCACCCAGUCAGAUGACGUCAGAUCAAAUGACUCGUGCGUCCACUGGCACCAUAUCCAGUGUUGACACCUUCGACGAAAAGAUGGUACAGGGCCUGGGCCUAGCUGAAGACUCUGUGUGUGUGCUGAUUAAAGGCAAAGAGGAGCUCACCGCAGAGGAGAUCCAAGUCCAGAACUUCAUCCCCACUCAAUACCUGGUCAAUAGUUCGCCUCAAACAGACCGGGUGCGUGCACCCUCCCACUCAUUCCCUCAUACCCACACACACGUAUCGACCCCGACACUUAGUGCUGCUCAUACUGAUGACAUGACGUAUGGCAGUGUGGUGUUGGCUACCAAUAACAACAAGAACGCCAGCAGUGACCGUCUCAGCGCAAGCAUUACCCACGGCACAUUUCGAGCGGCAGUGAGCUCCAACGGCUAUGGAAUGGGAAUACAGGGGUAUGAUGGCCAGGUGAUCUGUACACACACGCGCACCAGUAUCACGAGCGGCUCGUCGGACUCUCUGUCACCCGGUUCGAAGGUAUCGGUGUGUGUGGAUGUGUCGGUGUGUGUGUCGCCUCAUGGAGAGACCUACUACGACCACGGACACAACGGCGUCAUCAGUAACAACAAGGACUCGAUUGUAGCUACCAGCCGCAGGCCAAGCAAUAAGAGGUGCUUGAGUACCGGAGAGUUUGAGGAUGUUCUACAGAUACAAACGCAGCAGUUGCUGACAUCUGCGCCGCCAGAGCGUCGUGCGUCUCAUGUGGGACACCACCGCAGUCAGUCGGAGUGUCGACCGGUGCCAGCGCCCCGACCACAAGCAACACUCCGAACUACGCAAGCCAUGUCCUCCCCGGAAAUUGAGUUGAAUACAAUUGCCGAUGCAUCUCCCAUAGUCACGCCAAAAGCCCAGGCGAGUGCGAGUGACUCUAAAAGAGUAUCGGUGGUUUCUCCCCGGCCAACUCAGUCACAAGCGCAGGUAGAUUACUUUGUCUCUGUACCCUAA